UUACCAUCAACUCCCAACCUCUAUCAACACAACAAACAGAUGGCAUGAUAAAAUGAAGGUUUUUAGUGUACGAUAAUGACACUGUGCAUUCAUUAAAAGAAGGAAAUUUUUCGAGCCGACCAGUAACAUUUUCAAGGGCGACUACAAUGUGAUGUGAGCUUACACGAUUAUAUUGACGGUGUAAUAUGUUCUUUCGCAGUGUUUGGUUAUUGCAACGACUGACACCAACUAUCACCUUCAAGAACAAAAUGCUGUCCUGGAUCAAACAGAUUCUCGAGCAAGUAAGCACGGCGGUCCUACCCAAAAGCUCCUGCACAACUGACGUAGUCUGCUUCGUAUUCAUGAUGUUCUUCAUCUUUUACGUGUUCUGGGAUUUUCUACCAGACAUCAAAGGGCCGUGCCUGGUGAUGGUGGCGAACACAAAACGCUAUCUUCAAGCCUUGGGACGGAGACUUAGGAAACAACCAUUGCGUAUGAAAGUGAUUUCCACCCUGAAGAACGUGACAGAGCUUCAAGACAACCAGGCCGAGAGACAGGAAGAAGAUUAUCAUUGGCCGAUCACAAAAAUGAGCUCGAGGUAGACGAUGACCCUGAGGUGGACGAUGACCCCGAGGUGGAUGAUGAGCUCGAGGUGAACGAUGAGCUCAAGGGAGGCAAAGUGAAAUGUCUCAUCAAAUCGCUGAAGGCCGGGAUUAAAGAGCGACGUGCAAUGAACAAAGACUAUAUAAGUCGGAAGCCUGUACUUACUAGAAGGUUUCCACUAUCACAUAUGUGUCUUAAGGCCAUGAACACACCAUAUGAUGAUCACAUGUGGCAUUGUUUUCUUCAUGAUUAAUGGAACAGGGGAUUUCCAAGUAUGAUUUUAUGAAUUCUGUCACUACAUGUCCCUUUAACGUGGAAAUAGGGUCCUGUAGUCUGGUAAAAGUUUCUAAUUCCUUCCUGUCUCUACCUGCAAGGUAACUGAUGAAGGACGCAGCAAGUUCCUUUGAUCAGUUGGUCAAUUCUGAAUAGUUGUUUCACAACUCAAGCUGAAAGACCUAGGUUUGUUGUGUUAGUCUUAGGUUACACUGAAAGCUAUUGUUGUAGGUUUGAAUGCCUUCCAAGGGAUGCGUGUUUAUGUGCAUGUUACUUCAGCAGCAAGCAGAUUCCUUAUUCACCGCCAUAAUUCUCGCAAUAUCUUCUUCUCCCCAGGCGCUACAGCCCGGAGUGGGCUUUGGCCUCCCUAAUUCUCCCAAUGUGUGGACAGGUUAUUCAUUCAUCCAGACAAGCUAGUCUUAAGACUUAUGGAAAGAGAUUACAAAGUGCAAUCAAACUCAAGAAACCUACAUAGAGUGAUAGAGUGCUCCAAUGGAUAUAUGUAUAUGAAACGACUCUUUAUAUGAGUCUUGGUAGAUGCAAAUUGCUUGUUCAACAGAAAAUACAAGUUAUCAGUUCUUGGGUAAAGGCAAACACCCUGUUAACUUGCAACAUCUUUAACAAGCCAUGCAUCACAGCUUCUGCACAGUCCACCCAUGUUGCAGUAAUAAGUACAGCUAUCGGGGUUUAAAUACCUUAUUCCCAUACAAUAAAGGUCAAUAACAACCCAUAAGGCAGUGAUUAAACAGGUGUCAAAAUAAGCCAACUUCAUCAUUUUUAUAUAUGCUUACUGUGUCAAAAUACAUGCAAGUUAUGCAAAAACCUGAAAAUGUUGUACUUUGGAUAAAAUAGGAUGUUAUAUACUGUAUUUCUCUGUGUAACAAACGAUACAUAAAAAAUGGGAAAACACACAAGCACUAUUUUGUUAGAAAAGUUCAAAUAAAAUAAAACAAUUUCUGUCAUGGUUCUAAUUUAUUUCUUUAAAUUAUGUCCUGCUAGUAUAUCUGAAUUGCAUAUGUACUCUGUCAGUUUGUUAGCUACUUCAUAGUCAGUGUUCAGUCUGAAGAAACAUUUUCAAAGUAAGAAUUGCAGUUCAAAACAGCUGGAUCUAGCAUGCCUAAAACUUUAUC